CUCCGAGAGCAGUGGAAGAAUCCGGGUGACAUUCUCUCAGUGUUGCUGAUCAUUAGGUCAGAAGUCGUCAGCGCGGCACUGAGCCAAUUCAAUGGGUCGUCAUUCAAGCCUGUGGCAUUUUCAGUUGGCUGGGUUACAUAUGCCUAUGCCUUCCUGCUGAAGACCUCUGGGCGCCUAAAGUUAACGCCGGACCCGGAUUUUCGUCAUUUGCUUGUCUGCUGUAGAACCGCGCCAAGGACAUUUGAGGAUCCUUCAUGGCUUUUGGGUCGCAUUCUCAAUCACUACGACAUAUGGAGGCCGCAAUUGGUUUCGACUAAAGCUCAAGAAAAUUUGCGUACUUCAUGGGAAUUCCUCAAGGCAAGAGCUAUUGAGAGAGGCGAGUCGCCCGAAUCUGUACCUUGGCCAUCGCAUGCUGGGUUAACUGUGGCUGUUUUCGAGCCCCCGAGAGAGAAGGGUAGGGGUGCUCCCACGCGGGACAAGGUUUUCUGGUGUGUAAUAGGCGUUGUUGUCAUCCAAACUGGCAUCGCAGCUGUGCCUUGUGGAUUAUAUGGCCAAUGGGAAAUCCUACUGCUAACUGUUUGUGGUACUGGUUUGCUUGGCUUAUGUGCGCUCUUCACGAGCAUUUACUCUUUUGCUCGAACAGAUGAAGAAAGAAUAUUUGCUUUAACUCAAGGCAGUGGGUAUCAGGACGCCAUAGUCAUAGUUGGGAAAGGGCAUGGAUUCAAUCUGGAAGAUUUG